UGCGCGGUCCCAUCCGCUGACUCCUCUUCACGACUAGGCCCAGCGAGGUUGAUAGAAGGGAACCGACGUUGCCAUGGCGACCCCUCGGGGCCUGUCGCGGCCUAGCCGCCUGGCUCGAGUUUCGCGCUGCCUCUCUUUCAGCGCCUCGCACCGGCUCCACAGUAAGUUGCUGAGUGAUGAAGAAAACCAGAAACUCUUUGGGAAAUGCAAUAACCCCAAUGGACAUGGGCACAACUACAAAGUGGAAGUAACUUUACGUGGAGAGAUCGAUCCUGCCACAGGGAUGGUGAUCAACCUCACAGAUCUAAAAAACUACAUGGAGGAAGCCAUCAUGGAGCCUCUUGACCACAAGAAUCUAGAUAAGGACGUCCCCUACUUCACUGAUACUGUCAGUACUACUGAGAACGUUGCUGUAUUCAUCUGGGAGAAUCUCCAGAAACGCUGCCCUAAGGGGAUGCUUUAUAAAGUAAAAGUCUACGAAACAGACAAGAACAUUGUUGUUUACAAGGGGGAGGAGAGCACUUAGGAGAAAUGGGAUCUGAUUCUCUUGAUGCCUUUGAUCCACAGAGGGGAAAAAAGAAUUCAAUCAAAGAAAACAAUCAAUCAUGUACUUAAUAGAUUUGGAGCGCAUUUGAUUUGUGUAGCUUUCAGGUGCAUAGGAAGGCACUUCAUCAUUUCUUACAUACAUCUUGUGAAGAGAAUGGUGGUGAAGCAUUGUGCAAGAAGCAGAGCUUUUGUACAUCUCUGUGCUGUCAGAAUUUCCUGCUCGGUUGUUGCUUCUGAAUCAGAAGUAUCCCAUUUGUUCAGAUGUUUAUGGACAGUUGCAGAAUUUUCUGUCCUUUUGUGUCUGUUUUUGUGGUAGAUUGCACUCGGGAGGAUUCACACCUUUGCAAAAUCCAGACAAAGUUUGGAACUUAUUGUGAUUGCCACCGGGUUUUUUAGGGUAUUAGGCAAACAUUCCCACCCACCCCCCAUUACCCCUUCCUUGGUCUUUUUAGCUCAAGGUUGGGAGCCACAGAAUAUCUGGAAGCCAUGCCUGCCCCAUUAUCAAGCCUUUUGCGGGCCACCCCUAUCCAGUUUUUCCCCCAAAGCAGAAAUAACCACCUGGUUAUCUCAAAACAAAAAGUUAUAUUUUCCAGAGAAGCAUAGCAACCAAAGGAGGCCUUUUCAAUGGGAUUGUCCCCUGUGAGACUGCUGAAGGAGCCAUUUUCAGUUUUGGUGCCAGAAAAAAACAAUUGGUAAUAGGGGGAACCUAUUUCUUUCCUAAACAUUGAAACAGCAAUUAACUAUUUACAGUAUUAAAACAGUUCACUCUCAGGUUAAAAUAAUAAAAUGGGAUUAAAAAGAGAAAAGGCUCUUAAAAGCAGUUAAGAUAAUACAGCAUCCCCUGGCCCUGUGAUGGUAAAUAGAGACCAAGGGCCCAAACUGCAACCCAAAACCCACUUAUUUAUUGUAAAGUGCCACAUCCCUCUGGCUUUCUAGUAACGAAUUCUGUGCUGGAGCAAUGGUGCGCAUGCCCACAGAGAGGGCUGAGUGCUCCCCGGCACAUGUGCCAUAGGUUCACCACCACUGCCCUAGCCCAUUCUUUAAAAACUUUCUGUAUGACAAAGCCUGUCUGAAUCAAAAGGUUUUAGACUGCCGACAAAAGAACAACAAGAAGGGCACCAUUCUGGCCUCCCAAGGAGGGGGGUUCCAGAGGCCCAGAGCAGCCACCAAGAAGGCCCUUUUCCAUACCCACCAACCAAGUUUGUGAAAGUGUUGGGACUGAGACAAGGGCAUCUCCUAAGGAACUUGGAACCUAGGCCGGUUCAUACAGGGAGAUGCCAAAUACCCUGGGCCUCAGCCAUGUAGGGCUUCCCAUCCCUAUUUUAGCUGAAGGUGCCACAGGUUGAACCUGGAACCUAAUGUAUAUGAAACAUUCCUUCCACCACUGAGCCAUUAACAUCCCCUGCCUUUUAUUCUUCGAUAAGAACUCAAGUUGUGAAAUACUCCACUGUUCAGAUUUCAUUAAACUCUGUAAGUGGUGGUCUGCCAGGUUCCUUUUGGCUUCACCCUUGAGAUAACAACAUUCUCAGCCUCUCUUACAGGGUUUGAAAGGAUGACUACAUACUUAAUGAUGCAUAUAAAUGUUGCUGUGUUAUUUCCACUAUGCUUUGUUAGCAGUGUGGUAUUGGGCUGGGACUUGGGAGAGCCAAGUUCCAGUUCCUGUGGCACCAUCAAACACCAGCUGGCACUGGACUGGUUAGACUCUCUCUCCACCAGGCCUACCUCACAGGGUUGUUGUGAGGAAAUGGAGGCUCAUUGGAGGAAAUGAAGUAUAUAGCUUUAUCUAAUGAAUAAAAUUCUUCUCACCAGUUAUAAAAUUCUGUUUUUAUUAUUGA